GGGCACCGCGGGCGGGGGCCAGGUGCUGGGAGCCCGGCGGGCCGCGAGCGCAGCCACCGCGCUGGGGCCGCCGACACCGAGUGCCCGGGAUGAGCUUCACCCGGAAAAAGGGCUUCUACAAGCAGGACGUCAACAAGACCGCCUGGGAGCUGCCCAAGACCUACGUGUCCCUGACGCACAUAGGCAGCGGGGCCUAUGGCUCCGUGUGCUCAGCCAUCGACAAGCGGUCAGGGGAAAAGGUGGCCAUCAAGAAGCUGAGCCGGCCCUUCCAGUCCGAGAUCUUUGCCAAGCGGGCUUAUCGGGAGCUGCUGCUGCUGAAACACAUGCAGCAUGAGAACGUCAUUGGGCUCCUGGAUGUCUUCACCCCAGCCUCCUCCCUGCGCAACUUCCAUGACUUCUACCUGGUGAUGCCCUUCAUGCAGACGGACCUGCAGAAGAUCAUGGGGAUGGAGUUCAGUGAGGACAAGAUCCAGUACCUGGUGUACCAGAUGCUCAAGGGUCUUAAGUACAUCCACUCAGCUGGGGUCGUCCACAGGGACCUGAAGCCGGGCAACCUCGCUGUGAACGAGGACUGCGAGCUGAAGAUCUUGGAUUUUGGGUUGGCACGGCAUACGGAUGUGGAGAUGACGGGUUACGUGGUGACCCGCUGGUACCGGGCCCCUGAGGUGAUUCUCAGCUGGAUGCGUUACAACCAGACCGUGGACAUCUGGUCUGUGGGCUGUAUCAUGGCAGAGAUGCUGACAGGGAAGACGCUGUUCAAGGGGAAAGACUACCUGGACCAGCUGACCCAGAUCCUGAAAGUGACUGGGGUGCCGGGCGCCGAGUUUGUGCAGAAGCUGAAUGACAAGGCGGCCAAAUCCUACAUCCAGUCCCUGCCACAAAGCCCCAGAAAGGAUUUCUCUCAGCUCUUCCCACGUGCCAGCCCCCAGGCCACAGACCUGCUGGAGAAGAUGCUGGAGCUGGACGUGGACAAGCGCCUGACGGCCUCGCAGGCCCUUGCCCACCCCUUCUUUGAGCCCUUCCGGGACCCUGAGGAGGAGACAGAGGCCCAGCAGCCGCUCGAAGAUUCCUUAGAACGCGAGAGACUCACAGUGGACGAAUGGAAGCAGCACAUCUACAAGGAGAUUGUGAACUUCAGCCCCAUUGCCCGGAAGGACUCUCGGCGCCGGAGUGGCAUGAAGUUGCAGUGACCCUUCUAGCCCGACCCUCGGCUGAGCCCAGGAAUGGCCUCGUGGUACCACCUGGCAGGCACUGCCCCUGGGACCAAUAUUUAUUUAUCACUACUAAAGUCUGAACCUGUCUUGGAUUAUAGCCUUCCAAGCAGAGGAUGGAGGGCUUGUGUAGGAAACAGGCCUAGUUUCCUAGACGCAGAAUUCGGAGUUGUUGGCUGGGAAAAUUAAAGCACAUGAUGUGGAGAAUU